AUGGAGAAUAAAUUUAUAUUACUUCUUAUUCUCAGCAUCGUAAUUUUCAACAAUUUUGCUGCUACCAGGGCAGAUUCGGGAUGGAAAAGAGACGGACUAUAUAGUGACAGCAUGCCUGUUAUUCCAAGAUUGGAUGAAAGAAUAACUGUAGCAAACUCAUCGUACUUUUUGGUGAAGAGGCAGAACACUUGCGCUGAUCCAGGUUAUAACCCGUGUCCAGAUGGCGAUGGAUGUUGUCCCGCUGGCUCAACCUGUCUACCUAACCAAAAAUGCAGCGGAGGGUGUGGACCUACUUAUCCACGUUGUAGUGCUACUAGUUGCUGUGCACCAGGCCAAAUAUGUUGUCCCCUUGGUGGUUGCUGUCCUGAAAAUCAAAUAUGUACGUCAAAUAAGACAUGUCGUAAAGCAGAUCCUAAUACUACUGCUGUUAAUGCACCUGCUACUACUGGUCUUGCGGCACCUACUACUAGCAUUGAUGCUCCAACUGUUAGUACGACUACUCCUAGUGCUAAAGCCCCUCCUAAGUCACCUAGUCCUAAGCUUACUGAUGCGGCUGCGACUACUAAUCCUGGUACUAGUCCUACUACUACUAAUGAUUCAUCGACUAAUAAAUUCCCCGGUAUCAACAGCAGCAGUAACAGCUUCUUUGGUAGUUUCAUUUCUUCAACAUGGGUCAUAAUAUCGAUCUCAACUAUAUUAAUUUAUCUAAAUUUAUCAUAA